AUGGACCACGCGCACAUGGACCACAGCGGAAUGGACCAUAGCGGAAUGGAUCACGGCGGACACGCCAUGCCAGCAAUGUGUAGCAUGAACAUGCUCUUCACUUGGGAUACCAACAACCUCUGCCUCAUCUUCCGCUGGUGGCACGUCCAAACCACACCCGGUCUCAUACUCUCCCUCCUCGCCGUCGUCGCCCUAACCGCCGCCUACGAAUUCCUCCGAUCACUGAGUCGAAGAUAUGAGGCGUUUGCUGCAGAGAAGGCAGAAGAGUCACCGAAUGAAUCUGUUGCUGAGAGAACCCCUUUGGUUUGGUCAGGACGCAACCAGGUUGAAGUGAGCCAAAGGGCACAUAUUAUCAAGGCCGCGCUAUAUGCCAUCCAGAACUUUUAUGCUUUUAUGCUCAUGUUAUUGUUCAUGACCUACAACGGCUGGGUAAUGCUCUCCGUCGCCGUCGGCGCAUUCAUCGGUUUCUUGCUAUUUGGAAAUAACACAAGCUCUACAAAGGACGGGGCGUGUCAUUGA